UUUGUCCUUCUCACUACUAUCGUUAGUUCGGUUAACACAGUACCCGUGGCCGGAGGAGAGCGAGGAUUUGUGCUCCCCUAGACAGGUUUCCGGACAACAGCGAAACUGGACUCGGAACUGGACGGAAGGCGUAACUCCGAGAUCCCAAUAAUAAUUUGUGGACUAAACGCAAUGGAGCCAGCCUUUGGAGAGGUGAACCAGCUCGGCGGGGUUUUUGUCAACGGCAGACCGCUUCCCAACGCAAUCCGGCUGCGGAUUGUAGAGCUCGCCCAGCUGGGCAUCAGGCCUUGCGACAUCAGCAGACAGCUCCGGGUCUCCCACGGCUGCGUCAGCAAGAUACUGGCCCGGUACAACGAGACCGGCUCUAUACUCCCGGGAGCGAUUGGGGGCAGCAAACCACGGGUCACCACGCCUACAGUGGUCAAGCACAUACGGACAUACAAGCAGAGGGACCCGGGUAUCUUCGCCUGGGAGAUCCGGGACAGGCUACUGGCUGACGGAGUUUGUGACAAGUUCAAUCUACCAUCUGUGAGCUCCAUCAGUAGGAUCCUCCGCAACAAGAUUGGGAAUCUGUCCCAGCAGAGCCAGUAUGAGUCCAGCAAGCAGUCGUCUCAUCCACCACAACCAACGCUACCAUACAACCACAUAUACUCGUAUCCGACCCCCAUCGGAGCCUCUGGGACCAAAGUACCGACUCCCCCGGGCAUGCACUCCCUCCCUGGACACAUGGCUAUGCACAGGAUAUGGCCCUCCUCCCACUCGGUAACAGAUAUUCUGGGGAUUCGGUCGAUAACAGAGCAACAAAUUAGUGACAGUUCGUCCUUUCCCAGUGCCAAACUAGAAGAAUGGAGCGUUAUAAACAGGACACAUUUUCCGCCGUCAGCAAGCUCUCCACUAGUCAAUGGCGUGCAGGAUAAACCACCGCAUUCUAUAGAACCUGAAGCAAAAUACAAACAGACGCAGAGUGGCUUGCCCACAGUGAACAGUUAUGUCACAGCGCCCAGCAUCCCAGCCUACCACCCUCCCACCCCAGUGUCGCCCUACAUGGGGUACAGCGCCACCACGUCGGCCUAUGUGACCGGUCCCACAUGGCAGCCGCACAGUGGCAGUGCUCUCUAUCACCACAGCUGUGACAACAUUGCCGCUCCGCUGGCCUUCAAGGGUAUGACAGCCCACCACCGUGACGCCAUCCACCCCCAUGCCCACCCCAUCACCGCCUCAGCACUGUAGAACACAGACAGACGGGCCGGUCGGACGGAGAGACAGAGGGAAGAAGAGGGGGAGCAGGACAGACGGACGGGCGGAUGGAGAUAAAAGAGGAGGGAGGAAGGAGAUAAGGAGAAACAAGUCCUCCUUUACCAUGGGUCUAGUGCCAGCUCAUUACACUCACCUCUUCUGUAUUUAUAUGGUGACCUCACCUAGGCCCCAUAUCCAUCACAACAUUCUCUUCCAUACCAAAGACACAGUGAACUCACCCAGGCCCUAUAUCCAUCACAACAUUCUCUUCCAUACCAAAGACACGGUGAACUCACCCAGGCCCUAUAUCCAUCACAACAUUCUCUUCCAUACCAAAGACACGGUGACCUCACCUAGGCCCCAUAUCCAUCACAACAUUCUCUUCCAUACCAAAGACACGGUGACCUCACCUAGGCCCCAUAUCCAUCACAACAUUCUCUUCCAUACCAAAGACACGGUGACCUCACCUAGGCCCCAUAUCCAUCACAACAUUCUCUUCCAUACCAAAGACACGGUGACCUCACCUAGGCCCCAUGUCCAUCACAACAUUCUCUUCCAUACCAAAGACAUGGUGUGGAGAACUCAAGUUAACGCACAGUUAAAGACAGGACAUGGAAGGGAAACCUUGCCACACUAUCUACAGACAUGACACUGGUCUGUGGCCCUGCAGAAAGCUGACAGGACAGGUGUAUUGAAGGACUGACUGGCUGUUUCUCAUAUUUCCAUGGCGGAAAUUGUGCCAUUCUCAUCAAGGACUUGCCUCUUAAACCCAUUUCUGCACACUUCUCUGCAAAUGUUAUUAGGGACAGGAGCUAAAGUACUGUAGGACAAUCACAACCACGAGGGAAAAACAACGUUUGCAUUUAAGUGUAUCAGGGGUGAUAUCAAUUGGUAUUGUAUUGGAUGUUUGCAUUUGUAUUUUUUGUUGUUUAUUAUUUUGACAAGUUACAAUCUUAAUAUUGAACAUAGUUUUUUCACUUCUCGACUUAAAUGUAUCUCCAUGUGUAUUUAUUAGACUGACUAAAAGGUACUAGGGUUGAACGGAGUACAAUUAUUACAUCAGAAGGCCACGGUGGAAACAGUGUAGCCCUAUACGGAUGUUCCCAACACACUUUGACAGCCUUUGGCAUUAGUCUUCUGCGUAAAUGUUUGAAACGACAUUAUGAUAAAACGGUACAGCUGCACAGGUCCAAUCUAUCCACAAUGAAAUUGAAUGUAUCUUAAUUAAAGGAAACCGUGUGGAUUUGACCCGAUUCUUCCUGAAUUGUAGCAGUUGUUUCAAAAGACAUUUCAAAAACUCUUGUGCUUAGAAGGCCUAUCCCAAAAACACCUUCUGCGUGAAAUAAUAUUCUACACACUUUUAAAUGUCACACGCGUCGUUGUGCUGAAUGACCCAGUGUUGUAUAAAUAUAUGCAAUCAUUUGAUACAUUUUAAGCAAGCGCUUAGUUCUUACAUGAAAGAUUUUUGAGGGUCAUAAAAUCGUUACAAUUUGUCAGUGAUAUUAGGCUAUUUGUUGGCUACGACUCGAGGUUCAGAAUGGCUGAAAAAUCGACAUUGUUUACAAUAACUUCUCGAAAGAUUCUCUGUGUGGUUGCUACUUUCUUUUGCCAACCUGAUGUUCGCUUGCCAUGAGGCGAGAAGGGCCGAAUGUUGCGUGCGUGAUUCCAACAGGGCUUCGGGCGUAGUCAACUCAUGGCAGAGUGGUAUACGUCGGCUGUCUCGUAUAAAAUUGAUUCACUUGGAACUUGGGAGAGGAAAAACGUUGGAAGGUUGCCGACGGGGUGCUCUACAACAUCGUAAUCCACAGAGAAUACAUCUCGUUCUUUCUCCUUUCCCCCUUUAUGGCAUUUUCACUCUGAAGGGGUAGGCCGCAUUCCAAUUCCGCAUGUGUGUUGAAUUCAUUUUUGACCAUUGUAACCUUCUUCUCCUACCGAUAAUAUCUUUACCCAUAUUAAAAUGCACAGCUUUUGGCGUAGAUAACAUUUAUUUGUUGUAGUUUUAAAUACAUUUGUUCUAAAGACACACA